AGUAAACAUUAAGCUGUGUUUUUGUAGUAAUUUUAWAAAAAUAUUGACAUAACCUCACCGGGUCAAAUGUCAAACUUCUGUCACCCUCAACCAAAAUAUGGCAUACAAAGCAAGACUCAAAGAAUUCGAUGACGUUCUGGACCAGGAAAUUAUAGACUUGAAAAAAUUAAAAAGCUUGUCAUUUCACGGUAUCCCUGACGAUCAAGGCCGGAGGGCACUUUGUUGGAGACUGCUGUUAAACUACCUCCCCACUGAUAAGUCACAAUGGCCCUCAUUUUUGCAAGAAAAACGCCAAUUAUACAAGCAGUUCAUAGAUGAGAUGGUGGUAAUGCCRGGGACACAAGAAGGCAAUGGGGACGUGACAGAAGGGGACCACCCUUUGAGCAUCAAUCCGGACAGCCAAUGGCAGACUUUUUUUAAAGAUAAUGAAGUUCUCUUACAGAUUGAUAAAGAUGUGAGGAGGCUGUGCCCCGAUAUUUCCUUCUUCCAGCAACCAACGGAGUUUCCYUGUCUGGAAAUCGUCAACAGUAAUGACGUCAAAAGACUCCACACUAGAGUACAAAGGAGUGUCUUAAAGUGCGCCAAUGUUGAAAGAAAAGGAUUAGGAAUCACUAAGAUAGCACUAUCGAUCAAGAAAGCCAAUGAAGACUACGCCCCCAUGACCGAAGGCAAGGAAGCACACUGGGAGGUUGUGGAGCGGAUUCUCUUCCUCUACGCCAAACUCAACCCGGGUCAAAGCUACGUCCAAGGCAUGAACGAGAUAAUUGGACCUAUCUACCACGCGUUUGCYUCCGACCCUGACAUCACUUUCAGAGAGCACGCAGAAUGCGACAGUUUCUUCUGCUUCACGAAUCUAAUGUCGGAAAUCCGGGAUUUUUUCAUAAAAAGCCUCGACGAGACCGACCAYGGAAUUAACAAAAUGAUGAGUCGGAUGUUGGUACAACUGAAAAACAGCGAUCUCGAYGUGUGGCUCAAGUUUCAACAGCUGGAACUCAAGCCGCAUUUCUAUAGCUUUAGGUGGAUUACCCUUUUGCUAUCGCAGGAAUUCCCCCUCCCUGACGUGCUCAGGAUAUGGGAUACUCUGUUCUCAGAUGAGUCACGCUUCGAUUUUUUGAUUUAUGUUUGUUGCGCCAUGAUUGUUAUUUUAAGGAACAAGUUGUUGAAUGGCGACUUUCCGUCCAAUCUCAAAUUAUUACAAAACUUCCCACCCAUGGAUGUACAGAUUAUUUUAUCAAAGGCUGUCGAAUUAUCAAAACAAAAGAUUUAAGAACAAUUCAGUUGCCAUUUAAUUUUAUMUCAAGCUCAAAUAAUUAUAAUAAUAAUUCUCCAAUCCUCGAUUACGUAAGACGUUACUUGGGGAUUUUGUUCCUAUUGAGUAAAACUCCAACAUCACGUGAUCAGUUUUAAUUAUUAUCCAAGCAUUUACCAAUUAUAUUAUAUUCAAUAUUARAUGUUUUUAGUUUAGGAAGUAUCAUGACAGGUACUGAAAAUUGCCCAAAGCACCUUGAGCCGUUCUUAACGGCACACGGCACACCAAACUUCCAUACAAGUCAAUUUUAUACUUUUCAUAAACAGUUAAAUUAUUUUAUUAAUAAAAAUGCAAAAGAU